AUGAGUGUCAUCUUGGAGACCUCGUUGGGUGAUGUGGUUAUUGAUCUUUUAGUCGACGCGACCCCCAAAGCUUGCGAGAAUUUUCUGAAGCUAUGCAAGGUCAAGUAUUACAAUUUUUCUCCGGUAUACAACGUCCAGAAGAAUUUCUCCUUCCAGACCGGCGACCCCAUAGGUCCCGACUCUAAGGACAGCGAUGGAGGGUCUUCCAUAUGGGGUCUCCUCAACGGACCCUCACGAAGGACAUUUCCGAUCAAGUUCCCACCGAAAAUGAAGCACACAGAGCGUGGCACGGUUAGUAUGGCUACGGUCCCUUCCACAAAAGACCUCGACGAGCGCCUGGCGGGAAGCCAGUUCAUUAUAACCCUUGGUGAUAAUCUGGACUACCUGGAUGGGAAAGCGGCUAUUUUCGGGAAAGUGGUGGAAGGAUUCGAUGUCCUGGAGAAAGUAAACGAUGCGUUUAUCGAUGAUAAGGGACGUCCACUUAAAGAUAUUCGAAUUCGGCAUACCGUGAUUCUAGAUGAUCCUUUCGACGAUCCACCGGGGCUGGUGGUACCCCCAGAAAGUCCACUGCCUUCGAAAGCGCAGUUGGCAACAGUAAUGAUUGCAGACGAUGAAGAGUUAGACGAAAAUAUCGACGAGGUGGCGGUAGAAAAGUUACGACGCGAGCGCGAGGCUCGGGCACAGGCUUUGACCCUGGAAAUGGUUGGGGAUUUGCCGUUUGCUGAGGUCAAGCCACCAGAAAACGUCCUUUUCGUGUGUAAACUUAAUCCUGUAACUCAAGAUGAGGAUCUUCAUCUUAUUUUUAGUCGGUUUGGGCCGAUAUUGUCCUGUGAAGUGAUACGAGACAAGCGAACUGGUGACAGCCUGCAGUAUGCGUUCAUCGAAUUUGAGAACCAGAAAGACUGCGAACAAGCUUAUUUUAAAAUGCAAGGUGUUUUGAUCGAUGAUCAUCGAAUUCAUGUUGACUUUUCUCAAAGUGUUUCGAAAUUAUCGGACACUUGGCGGAACGCAACAAAUUCCAAAAGAGCUAGCCAACGAGGCGGGUUUGGAGGAAUAUCUACUUUAGAGAAGAGGCGCCAAUACAGAGCCUCAGAGGCGCUUCGACGAGAUUCAUAUGGAAUGGUAUUUGACAAGGAGGAUAUGCGCAGAAAAGGCGAUUUUAAAUCUUACAGACAUUCUCGGAGUCGGAGUCGAAGCCCACCUAGAGGAUCCAGACAUAGAAGUAGGUCACCCUCGCGUCACCAUUAUGACGAUGGUGAUAAUAGGCAAUACAGAGGGAGCAACAACUCAUCAAGGCAUGGAUACGGAAGUGAUAGGCGUAGGCGAUGA